AGAAAAUGUAAUUAUACGAAGAACAUUUAAAGUAAACGAACGUAAGUGUUUCAUUUCAGAAACUUCUAUAAGAGAAAAUUGGUGGUGAAGAGAUAAUACUCACAACUAAAUGCUAAUUCUCCAAACUACCUGUGACAAUACCAAUUAGACAUUCUCCAAUCAAUUAUGUUCACUGCAUUUUCGAUUUAGAGGCUUGGAUGGAACACUUUAAAAAUAUGCAGAAUAAAGUUGAACCUUCGUAAUGAAAAUAUUAUAUAAUUAGUGGAUUUGCAUGCCCAGGAUGUAGAAGAUACACGAAUUUUAAAGAUUAUGGAGUUGAUUACAAUUUCUAUCAUGUAUUAGAAGAACUUAGACUAUUUAAAUUAAGAAAUCCUACAUUAUAAUUAAAUGAAUCGUAAUUAAUAUAUCAGCCAAGCAAAAAUAUCUAUUAUGUUGAAACAAAAGUUCCAAAAGUCAAUACCUCUGGGAAAAUAAAAGUCGUACCUUAGAAAUACCCUUUACCUGGUUGUGUUCCUGUAUUUGGAAUAUCAAGAAGAUAAAGAUAGAUGAAUAAUUCUAAUUAGAAUGAUGAAUAAAAAAGGAUACUUGAUGAAAUAAGUUAAACAAUAGUGAAAUUACAACAAUUGUUAUUCAGCAGACUCUAUAAAUAGUAUAAGAGAAACUAAUCAAUCCCUUUUAAAGUUUUACAGGAUAAAAUUGUUGCAUAAAAGCAAAAAUUUAGUUAGGCUUUAAAUCAAUCAUUAAAAUUAAUAUCUUUAGGAAAGAAAUCUUUAAAUAAUGAUUAUGUUUUUGCUCUCAAAAAGAUUUAUUCAAAUAAUUCAGUUUAUUCAAUUGUAUUUAUUAAUUAAUAUUUAAAAGUUAAUUGUUUAUUUAGUCCAUUAUGGAAUAUGGUAUGAGUAUUAACUCAACUUUAAAGGUCAACCUUAUGUUUAAUUAGAAUAAGCUUUAUAUAUUAAAGGAGAUAGUGAUUCCGAUAAAAAUAUCAUAUAUAUUAUUGGUGGUUAAAAACAAGAAAGAUUCUCUCAAUCUAAUUAAUGUUUAUAAAUUUCUUUUCCAAAAAAUCCAUUUUAAUAACUUGAAGAGGAAGCUCAAAUCACAUCGUUACCUGAUUUUCCAUUUGAAGGAUACAAUUUUAUGGGGUCAAGCUAUAAAGGGUAAAUUUAUUAUAUUAAAAAUUUAGAAAUCUUUUUGUAUUUUAUGGAUAGAAACAAUUGAAAAACCAAGAUAAUUAAAUAAAAUCUUAAUUAUUAAAUUGCUAAUAUGUUUUAAGAACCAAUAACAAUUAUAAUAGAAAAUGGGAAUAAUUGAGAAAUAAUUUAGUCGAAAGAUUUGAUGGUAGUUUCUUCACCAUUUCUCAUUAAUAAUUUGAUAAAUUGAUAGUCUUUUUUGGUGGAGUCACUAAAGAUCCUGAUGGUUUACCCAGUCAUAGAUGUUCUUAAUAAAAUUUAGGAUAAAUUUUUGUAUGCAAAGAUGAAAAGUUUUUAGGAGCCACUAAAUAAGAUUUUUAAAUAUCAUAUGCUGGAGAAGAACCAUAUUAUAGAUCAGUUUUAGGUUCUCCUGUUUUCAGUUGUCCUUAUUAUGGAACAAAUCAAUUAAUCCUAUCAGGAGAAUGUUUAAAAUAUAAAAAUACAGAAUAAAGAGAAAUUUAUACUUUUGAUUGGGGAAAUGCAGUUGUUAAAUUAAAUGAUUUAUUCUCAUUGGAACCUCCUGAAUAAAUAUUUACACCAUACAGAAGAAGAACAGUUGCCUUCGAAAUAUUUUCACCUGUUUAGGAUCCUUAAGGUGCAAUUGCUUAUGGAUGUUUUUAUGUUGUUCAUUAAUAUGAAGUUGAAUAAACUCUUAAUGAUAAAUAACCAAAAAUUAUGACUCAAUUACUGAAAAUCAAUUUGACUAAUGGAUUAUGUAAUUAUUUUUAUUAUAAUAUAGUCUUUACAAUACCUUAUCAAGAUUCUCAGACUUCAAGAUAAUAAGCCAUCCAAAAUUUAUAAAGAAUAGAUGAUAGACCCAAUUAAUAUCUUUGAUGAGCUAUAAAAUUUAUUUUAUUCAAAGUGCAAAA